AGUGCUGUAAUGCAGUCUGAUGAGCCAAACUGGUCGACAUUUUUGCAUACACCCUAUUUAUAGUUUCCAAUUCUAUUCUGUUAUAAUUCCUUGUUUUGUGUGCAACAUACAUUUGUAUUCAUGCUGUACAUAAAUUACAUCAUGUUGUAUUGUGUAAUGGCAAUAAAAAAUAACCUUAAACCUUGAUUAUCAAUGAAUGGAACAGAGUUUCAUUUCUCAGGAAACCACUAAAGGCGGAGAGAGGGAGGAACAACUAGCACACGGAAAGUUUAAGAAGAUUUUGUUGUUCAAAGUCAGGUUGUACCAGUGUUUCAUGGUAUUUCAUUCUCUACAACAAGAUGGAAUUCAGCUCAAUUAAAGACUCCAGCUCUCCGGUAACCAACGACCUGAGGAUUGUCCUGCUCGGGAAGACUGGAUCAGGAAACAGUGCAACAGGGAACACCAUUCUGGGACGAAAAGCUUUUGUGGCAGAGAUUUCCCCAUCCUCUGUGACCGAGACAUGUAAAAAAGAAACCUGCCAUUAUGAUAAAAGAACUGUGAGUGUCAUCGACACCCCUGGGAUCUUUGACACCUCGACUGAAAAAGACCAGCUGAAAAGAGAAAUAGAGAAAUGUAUCAUGCUGUCUGUCCCAGGACCCCAUAUCUUCCUGCUGGUGAUCAGACUGGAUAAUCGCUUCACAGAGGAGGAGAAGAAUGCCGUCAAGUGGAUCACAGACAACUUUGGUGAGGAAGCCUCAAAGUACACGCUGGUGCUUUUCACUAGAGGAGAUCAGCUUAUGCAGAAGUCCAUUGAGAGUUAUAUACACAAAAGUCCUGAACUGAGAGAGUUCAUCCAUAGCUAUACAGCUGGGUACGCUGUAUUUGACAACACACGCAUGGAAAACCGCACUCAGGUGGCUGAUCUGUUUGAAAGAAUAGACGAGAUAGUGCAGUUAAAUGGUCAGCAUUAUACCAGUGGCAUAUACGAAGAGGCACAGAGAAAGAUGAAAUCAAUGCAAUGGUGGAGCAAAUGUGGAGACUAUAUGAACACUGCAGGUAAUCAGUUGUUUAUAUUAGCAACAGCCACAGCUCUUCCAGCAGCUGGUGCUGCUAUAGUGGCAGAGGAAGCAGCAGCUGUAUCCAUAGGGUCAUGUGUAAUGCUUGGAGGUGCAGGGAUUUCUAAAGCCAUCGGGAGGUGGAUGAAACCUAAAAAUACAGACAGCUAAGUGUGUCAAGCCAUGAACCUUUAAUCAAAUGUGUGAAGUCAUUCCAUGUUUUGUUUUUUUCACACAUGAGCACACAUUCAUAUUUGACUUCUGUUAUUGCAUUAUUAUUGCAUUUCUUUGUUUCAAUUAAUUAAAUCUUUUAAAUGUUGAUGCUGAAUUGAUAUUGAGGAUUUUGCAUAUGGAGAACACUACUGUAAUUGUUCUGUUUGAUUUGUUAAAAUAAAAUAAAACAAUGUGACCACAA